AGUACUCCAUUAAACAGUGUUUCGUGAUUUGAACGUAAAAAUUAUCCAGUAUCAACGCAGCAUCCCAAGUUCGCGUCUAUUUCUGCAGCAAAAGCUCCCACUCAUUCCCCUGACUCAUUCAAGGCACACGAAAAAAUGAAAAUAAAUGAAUGAGCACAGCAGGCUGCUGAGUGGAAUCAAGUUGGUGGAAUUUUCAGAUGCGAUGCUGACGUCGACCGCGGGACACUGAGGUGGCGGGAAUUAUGCAUUGACGGAAACAGUGGCGCGCUGAAGAUCCUCCUGUAGGUCCAUGUGUCGAUGACCACGGAUCCUCCACGGUUCCCGCACCUUCAGGACCUUUCCAGGGAUCCGACUCCAGCACUGUCGGACGAUGACAUCGAUCCCUCUCCUCACGGAACGCUCUCCGAGGUCAGCAGUCGCGACUCAGACGCCGACGAGAAAGCCAAAAAGCACGAUGCAUCCGCGCAACAAGCAGGACGCAUUGUUCAAAGAAUUUCGGCGCUGGAGAAGCUGCAGAGGAGACAGGGUCAGAGUUGCCCACGGCAGCAGGGCUCAUCCCUCGGUCCGGGCCUCAGUGCUGUUCCGCGGCGGCACUCGGGCCUGAAGGACGACGACGAGCAGUGCUCGUGUCCGGGGUUCUGCGUGCCCUGUGCGAGGAAUCGCAUUAGUGUUCUGCGCGUGAAGAGAGGUUCGGAGGAUCUGCAGGGCUCCAAGCACAAGAAGCUGAACCAAGUGCUGCUGAUCGACAAGACCCUCGGCCUGACCGCAGCCCUGCACCCAAUGGCCCGGACGUGCGGCGGAUCCGCGACGACGGCCCUUCCGUCCCUGCUGCCAGGCGCGAUCCGGAGGAAUAAACAGGACCCACCAGUCGGACUCUCUGCUGUUCCCGUUGCUGCUGCUGCUGCUCCUACUUGUGCCGUCACCCGCGGGCACCGGACCCGGUCCGAGCCCGUGUCGGUUUUGCCCCGGGCUGCGCCAGCAUUCCUGCGCAAUCCCCUGCCACCGCCUCAAGAGCAGGAAGACGACGGCCGGGGAGGAACGUCGGACGAGGAGUAUGAACAGGUGCUGGACAUCCUGGACUCGAGCAUCCGCAGCGACUGCGGACCGUGGCGCAGCUUGCGAGACAAGUCCGUGAGACGGUCUGCCAUCCUUCGCAGAAUGAACGCAGUGACGUUGUCGUCGUCAUCGUCAUCAGCUGCGGCGUCCUCCUCCACGACGCAUUCUUUGAGCCACGUCAGAGCGAGUAGCAGUGCUGCUUCAUCGACGCCGCCUUCCCCGGCCUGUUGCUCGCCGUCGUCGUCGACGGUCGCCAAGUCGCGAGACACCCCGAGGACAGUGCCUCGGAUCCUGCUCCCGCCGAUUGCCGACCGCUCCUCUCCGUUCUACGCCCAUUACAAGCCCUGCUGAUACCACCACCACACCUUUUUUCUUUUCUUUUUUCUCUUCUUUUUUUGCCCAGCAUCAGCAAGAACAGCAAUAACUUGAAAAUAGCCCCCAUUAUCUUAUUCGGACUUGGUUGAACUUUUAUUGGAUUCCACAGGUACGUUUUUGCUGACGAUGAAGCGAGAAAAGUCGGGAAUCUUUUGCUUCGUGUGGGCUAUUUUUAUUUUUUUCCCGUUCUUCUCUUCUUCGGUUUUGGUCCAGGCCCGAAGAGUUAUUCUUGCUGGUGUUUGCGUCAUUUCCUUGAAUGACGAGAAAUUGCUGAUGCAUUGUUGAACAGUCCAUGAGGGACAGGGAGAUUAUCAAGUGGGCGUGUGUUUCGAUCGACUAUACAGUAUUCGAGCAUGUUAAUUCCUCGUAGAUCAUAUUUUUCAGCGCGUCCAAGUGACGGAUUUAUGGAACAAAGAAUCAAAGGAAAUCGGUUGAAUUAUAAUGGCAGAUAUUUAUGGGGAAAUCCCACGCUCAUGGAACUCGGUAUUAUAAACACAUUCGUACGAGAGAAAUCCUCCGUUUCUUCUUGAAAUUGUGAUGAGGCAAUUGGUUCAUGUUUCGGCGGAGGGCGCUGAUGGGCAACGCAAACUCAACCAGCAUUUCCCCAACAACACCUGAUGAUGAAUCUUCUUGCGCAAGAUGGCUGUGAUUGCGGAAUGCGGACAAAGACAACGAAACGGAAAGAUCGAAAAAUCAACACACCUUUAAUGCUCCUUGAGCAGUACGACGUAUACGUGUCAGGGAAAACCAGAAAAAUUCAAAUUGUCUUUAAAAUUUCACAGUAUAGCCGAGCGAACUGUGACGUCGUCAUCAACUGGAAUGUUGGCAACAGCAGUCGGGUCUUCUGCUCUGAAUAUUUCACAUUUCCGUUCAUUCCGGGGUUCACAUUUAACACCGACAAAAACAUCAUUGACACAUCACAC